AUGACCCCGCCCCAUUCUCCCUCCUUCCAUUACCCCGCCCCAUUCUCCCGCUUUCCAUCACCCCGCCCCAUUCUCCCGCUUUCGAUCACCCCGUCCCAUUCUCCCGCUUUCCAUCACCACGCCCCAUUCUCCAGCUUUCCAUCACCCCGUCCCAUUCUCCCUCUUUCCAUCACCCCGCCCCAUUCUCCCGCUUUCCAUCACCCCGCCCGAUUCUCCCGCUUUCCAUCACCCCGCCCCAUUCUCCCGCUUUCCAUCACCCCGCCCCAUUCUCCCGCUUUCCAUCACCCCGCCCCAUUCUCCCGCUUUCCAUCACCCGCUCCAUUCUCCCGCUUUCCAUCACCCCGCCCCAUUCUCCCGCUUUCCAUCACCCCGCCCCAUUCUCCCGCUUUCCAUCACCCCGCCCCAUUCUCCCGCUUUCCAUCAUCCCGUCCCAUUCUCCCGCUUUCCAUCACCCCUCUCCGUUCUCCCUCCUUCCAUCACCCCGCCCCAUUCUCCCGCUUUCCAUCACACCGCCCUAUUCUCACGCUUUCCAUCACCCCGCCCCAUUCUCCUGCUUUCCAUCACCCUGCCCCAUUCUCCCUCCUUCCAUCACCCCGCCCCAUUCUCCCGCUUUCCAUCAACCGCUCCAUUCUCCCGCUUCCCAUCACCCCGCCCCAUUCUCCCGCUUUCCAUCAACCCGCCCCAUUCUUCCGCAUUCCAUCACCCCGCCCCAUUUUCCCGCUUUGCGUCACCCCGUCCCAUUCUCCCGCUUUCCAUCACCCCGCCCCAUUCUCCCGCUUUCCAUCACCCCGCCCCAUUCCCCGCUUUCCAUCACCCCGUCCCAUUCUCCCGCUUUCCAUCACCCCUCCCCAUUCUCCCUCCUUCCAUCACCCCGCCCCAUUCUCCCGCUUUCCAUCACACCGCCCUAUUCUCACGCUUUCCAUCACCCCGCCCCAUUCUCCUGCUUUCCAUCACCCCGCCCCAUUCUCCCUCCUUCCAUCACCCCGCCCCAUUCUCCCUCCUUCCAUAACCCCGCCCCAUUCUCCCGCUUUCCAUCACCCCGCCCCAUUCUCCCGCUUUCCAUCACCCCGCCCCAUUCUCCCGCUUUCCCUCACCCCGCCCCAGUCUCCCGCAUUUCAUAGCCCCGCCCUAUUCUCCCGCUCUCCAUCACCUCGCCCCAUUCUCCCGCUUUCCAUCACCCCGGCCCAAUCUCCCUCCUUCCAUCACCCCACCCCAUUCUCCCUCCUUGCAUCACCCCGCCCCAUUCUCCCGCUUUCCAUCACCCCGCCCCAUUCUCCCGCUUUCCUUCACCCCGCCCCAUUCUCCCGCUUUCCAUCACCCCGCCCCAUUCUCCCACUUUUCAUCACUCCGCCCCAUUCUCCUGCUUUCCAUCACCCCGCCCCAUUCUCCAGCUUUCCAUCACCCCGCCCCAUUCUCCCGCUUUCCAUCACCCCGCCCCGUUCUCCCACUUUCUAUAUCUGA